AUGCUAAGUGAGAAAUUUAAAUUACCUACAAAUAUCACAUUAAGGAAUAUUUGUGAAAAUUUCAUUCAGGAAAAACAAGAGAAGCGUCUUAAAUCUCCUCAAAUAUAUAAAGAUGUGUUGUUCAGUAAAUUUUUAGAUGAACCUGAGAAAUUGCAUGAGUUAACAAAUCAAAUGUUAAAAGUGCUAACUAGUGCAGAAAGAAAAGAAUCAGGUAAACAGGCAAAAUGCCUGAAUUAUAUGGUUAUUGCUCAAAUAGGUACCAAAGAAGUUGAGAUUGGAUAUCUUGAAACGG